AUGGAGCCGCUGGUCCUGUUCAACGCCCUGGCGACUCGAUUCUUGUUCGUGCUGCACUCACUGGUCGGGGUCUGGCGAGUCACCGAGGUGAAGAAAGAGCCGUGGUACUGGUUGCUUGCAUUGCUCAACCUCCUGCUUUUCCUGGAGACCGCGCUCACUCUCAAGUUCAAGCGCGGCAGAGGCUACAAAUGGUUUUCACCAGCCAUUUUUUUGUAUUUGACUAGCAUCGUCCCAUCAUUAUGGCUUCUUGAAAUGCAUCAUGAGACCCAGUAUUGCAGUAGCCAACCUGAAGAAAUGCCUCAGAAUACCAGUAGCAGAGAAGACUUCAAUCAAACUCAGACAUCAAGAGGGCUAAUCAACGGAGCAGACGAUCUCAUUGAGACGGCCAAAGUUUUUGUAAAUAACUUAUCUACAGUGUGUGAAAAAGUUUGGACUUUGGGACUCCAUCAGACUUUCCUGUUAAUGCUAAUAAUUGGAAGAUGGCUUCUACCCAUUGGAGGUGGAAUCACCCGUGACCAACUCUCUCAACUUCUCCUUAUGUUUGUGGGAACAGCUGCUGACAUACUGGAAUUCACGAGCGAGACAUUGGAAGUAAAAAAUGUGAGGAGUAGUCCUGCACUAGUGUAUGCCAUUCUUGCUAUAUGGACUUGGAGCAUGCUGCAGUUUCCACUUGACCUUGCAGUACAGCACGUCGUGUGUCCCUCGUCUGUGACAGCCAGGGGGUUCCCCAGUCUGUUCUUUUGCCAGUACAGUGCCGAUCUGUGGAACAUUGGAAUCAGCGUCUUCAUACAAGACGGGCCUUUCCUUGUCGUACGUCUCAUACUGAUGACCUAUUUUAAAGUGAUAAACCAGAUGCUGGUGUUCUUUGCUGCGAAGAAUUUCCUCGUGGUGGUGUUACAACUCUACCGCCUGGUGGUGCUGGCCUUGGGAGUCCGGGCUUCCCUGCGAAACCAAUUAGACAGAAAGAAAGGAGGGGACAACUGCUCAGGACAACCAGCUGAGAGUGGCCUCUUACCCAGAAGCUGGAAGAGUGACUCUAAGGAGGACGUGGCUAUCCCAUUGCAGGUGUCUCCAGUCACCUCGGACGACAGCCCUCCGACUCCAUAG